UGAGUCGCUCUGUGCUCGCCUACUACGCCAUGGUUAAGCCAACAGAAGCCGCUCUGUAUGCGACAGUUGGUGGUAUCUCUACCGCCGUGGCGGCUCUCAAUGUUUUCUACCCCCAAAUCCGACAGGAUUUGAAGUUUAUGUGGAAAUAUCGAGGCGCAAUGUCCCGUAUUAGGCGGUACGCGUCAGCCCAGCCUCCCGUUUCCCUGGUGGACCGUUUCCUCCACCAGGUGCAGCUCCAGCCCGACAAGCCUUUCGUGCUGUUCGAGGACCAGCUCUACACCUACAAGGACGUGGACGUCAUGUCCAACAAGAUGGCCAACUUCUUCCAUGGGGAGGGGCUCACAUGCGGGGACACCGUCGCCAUGUUGGUUUACAACGAACCGGCCUUCAUCUGGACUUUCCUGGGCCUGGCGAAGUUGGGAGUGAAGAUCGCCCUGUUGAACACCAACCUGAGGAACAAGUCCUUACUCCACUGUUUCAAGGCGGCAGAGGCGAAGGUUCUUAUUGUGGGACAAGGCCAACCUUUACUGGAAGCAACAGUAGAAAUCUUACCGUCAUUGGAACAGAUAGGUGUGACGGUCUGGGUACAGGGAGACAACCCUGCUCUCCACGGCUUACGUUCAUUGGAUGACAAAAUCAACCAAACCUCCGACCAGCCAAUCCCAUUCAAGCUACGAGAAAACGUCCUCGUAAACGACACUCUUUGUUACAUCUAUACAUCUGGAACAACAGGUUUUCCCAAAGCUGCCAAAGUGACCAUGGGAAGGUUUUCCAAAUCAGCCUGUUUCUUCGGGGUUUCGAACGUGAAGGCCAAUGAUGUUGUGUACGUGACUCUGCCCCUGUACCAUUCCAACGCGCUGACUUUCGGACUGGGAGGCGCCAUUGAGUAUGGGCACACUAUGGCAUUGGCCAGGAAGUUUUCAGUGACACGAUUUUGGGACGACUGUCGCAAAUACAACGCAACAAUCAUCCUGUACAUCGGAGAGCUACUUAGAUACCUUUGUGCUCCACCAAAGACUCCAUUUGACAGGAAUCACAGCGCCCGACUGGCCUUUGGGAACGGACUCCGGCCUGACGUCUGGGUAAAGUUCCGGGACAGGUUUGGGGUAGGGGAGAUUAUAGAGCUCUUCGGGUCCACGGAGGGGAACGUAGGGUUCGCCAAUCUCACCAAUAAAACUGGUGCCGUCGGCAUGCUGACUCCAUUGCUUAAGAGAAAUAACGGAGCCUCCUUUCUGAAAGUAGACCCUGAAACGAGCGAACCUGUCAGAGACCAGAAUGGCAGAUGCAUUCCUGUGAAGCCGGGGGAGCCGGGUCUUCUUGUUGGUCCUAUAACAGACGCCACCCCCUUCUUUGGGUAUGAAGGAGACAGGAAGUUAACAGACGAGAAGAUUCUUCGCAACGUCUUUAAGGAAGGCGACGCUUUUUUCAACACGGGGGACCUGAUGAUGAUGGACAAGGACUACUAUGUGUACUUCAUAGACCGACUGGGGGACACCUACAGAUGGAAAGGGGAAAACGUGGCAACAACCGAGGUGGCAGAGGUCUUACAUGACAUUGAAGGUGUGCAGGAAGCUAACGUCUACGGGGUUACCGUGCCAGGUCAUGAUGGUCGAGCUGGGAUGGCCGCCAUUGUUGUACAUCCGGGACACCUGCCGAACAUGUGGGAGUGGUACGCCCAUCUGUCCUCCCGCCUACCAGGCUACGCCCGCCCGUUGUUCCUCCGUCUCACGCAGCACUUAACCCACACCACCACGUUCAAACAGACCAAGGCAGAACUGAUAAAGGAGGGAUUUGAUCCCAACGUUGUCACGGAUCGUCUGUACUUUCGUGACGACUCUAAGAAGACCUACGUCCCACUAGAUUCGGAGGUUUACAAGACCAUUGCUGUCGGCAAGGCAAAACUUUGAAAGAACCGUAAAAACGGCUUACUGUACGAUCACCAAAUUUGCAGGGGGUGAUAUGAUCGUCGUGUUUCAUAAUUCCUGGUUUUUAUAUCAUUAUGACGUAAUAUGACGUAAUUAUGACGUAAUUAAUUGAAUUUUUGGCUAAAACGUGGAA